CAAAUUCUUUCAUUCCAUCGAAAUGUAUAAAUUUAUCAAAAACUAUUGUUGAUAACAGAAGAUACAACCAGUUAUUAUCAAUUUUUGUUUUACUAGUCAUCUAUAUUUGCUGUAUUACACCUAUGUUUCUGUUAGAUAUAACCCAUUCUACUGGCUGCUGGCAGCUACACUUAAAUUUUUCCAAAUUAGUUACAUCUAUAGAAAAUGGUACAUUAAAAUGUGAAGAUUUUCUCCUGAAUGGAUUUACAGAUUACAUGACUUUCUGUGUGAUGUUAGUAAUGUUGGCAUCUGCCACAUUUCUGAUUCUGACUACCGUCCAGAAGCUAGUAUUGCUACUGACCUUCUCCUUAAUAUACUGUACCUUAAUACUUUUGACACAUGUUUAUCUGUUUGACAUGUAUGAUCAUCUAUUGAUUCAAAAAUUUGGUUUAUCCAAACAAAGUCAUGUUCCAUCUAAACAUACUUCAGUGAUAACUUUAGUGCUCUUUUUGAUUGCUAUGGUGAUUCAUGGACACCAAGCUGAAGCUACUUCUAGAUUAGACUUUUUAUGGAAGCUACAAGCUUUAGAAGAAAAAGAAGAUAUGGAACAUUUACAAGCAUAUAAUAGAAAAUUAUUAGCUAAUAUUCUUCCAGCUCAUGUGGCUGAAUAUUUUUUAGCAACUGUUCGUAAAAAUGAAGAUUUAUAUCAUGAACAAUGUGAAAGUGUUUGUAUCAUGUUUGCUUCAAUUCCUAACUUCAGUGACUUUUAUAUGGAAUUAGAAGGAAAUAAUGAAGGAGUAGAAUGCUUACGUCUUCUGAAUGAAAUAAUUGCUGAUUUUGAUGAGAUUUUACAAGAAGAACAAUUCAAGUGCAUAGAAAAGAUCAAAACUACAGGAUAUACAUAUAUGGCUGCAUCUGGUCUCACAGCAACACCUGCUGAUAUAGCAAGUCACAUUCAUGUUGUAAAUAUGGCUGAAUUUGCACUUAGAAUGAAAGAACAACUAGAAUAUGUGAAUAAACAUUCCUUUAACAAUUUUAAAAUUCGAGUUGGUUUAAAUGUGGGACCAGUUGUUGCAGGUGUCAUUGGAGCCAAGAAACCUCAAUAUGAUAUCUGGGGAAAUGCAGUAAAUGUUGCAAGUCGAAUGGACAGUACUGGAGAAUCAGGCAAAAUACAAGUAACACAUGAUAUUUAUACAAUACUCCAAGCUCGUGGAUAUCCUUUAGAACGUAGAGGAUAUAUUAAAGUAAAAGGGAAAGGAGAAAUGCUCACCUAUUUCUUACUUGGUCGCAACGAUGAUAAUACAAGAAUGUGAUGGUCUCAGUACUCAGUAUUUUAAACAGGGUACUUUUGUCAUUACAUAUCGUAAAUAUUUAACACAGUUUUUAUUUCAGUUAUUUUUAUAACGAUGAAAUUUUUGCCUGUUUUAGAAACUUUAUGUAUUCCUUGUUGCAUUGAAUAAGGUGACAAUCAUGCAUGACGUAUUAUAGAUUUUAUUUCAAUGCUCGUUGCAUUUUCCAUUAAAGUUAUGAUCACUGAUGGGACUGUAGUUAAAACUGUUAAUAAUAUAUUCUGGAACUAUUCAUAUAAUAGAUUAAUUAUGUGUAUAUAUAUACAAGAGUUUUUAUUUUAUUUCCUAUUUUUUUUUUAUAAAAUGACAUUUUGAAAAUGAACUUUUGAUUCUGUUUAAAAUACUCAGAAAUGCCAUUUUAUUUUAUACCAAAUUGUAAUUUAAAUAAUUGUUGUUUUUGUUUAUGGUCAAGUCUAAUAAUGAUUCUAUGAAUGCAUUCUCAAAGAAAAGAACUUUUUGAGUUAUAUAUUGAUAGAUAAACAUUAGCAAUGUUAAAAAUACUCUUAAGUAAAAUACAUAAAGCAUUUAACCGUAGUACAAAGAAUUCAAUAUAUUCCAUUUAAUUACUAUUUUUGUUAAGUCAUUUUAUUUAUAAUAGUAACUAUAAGGAAUAAUAUACAUUUUGAUAUCUUUUUGUUUAUUUAAUGUUGUUGUUUUUUUUUACCUUUUGAUGUCUUUACUUUUUAGUUUAUUAUAAACUAAAUUAAUUUUGUCUGAAUGAUAUUUAUUUAAUUUGCUAUUUUUCAGUGGCAUCAAUAAGAAAGCAGUUUAAAUCUGAUUUAUAGAUUUCAAGUAAUAACUAAAGUGAAAAAAUUUAUUUUUCCCUUACUGAGAAUUAUUAAAAUAAUUUUCUUAAAUACAAAAUUGCUGAAAUAUUGACUUAUAAUACAGUUUAAUAUUAAAUUUAUU